GGACCAUGGGAGGCCGAACCGGGACCGGAGCCGCCGCCAGCACCGCCGCUGCCCUGCGGUAGGACCGCCGGGAACAUGGCGGAGAGGCUGGAAUGGGUGGAAAUCAUCGAGCCUCGCACGCGGGAGCGCAUGUACGCCAACCUCAUCACGGGGGAGUGCGUGUGGGACCCCCCCGCCGGCGUGCGCAUCAAGCGCACCAAUGAGAACCAAUGGUGGGAGCUCUUCGACCCCAACACCUCCCGCUUCUACUACUACAACGCCACCACGCAGAGGACCGUGUGGCACCGGCCCCAGAACUGCGACAUCAUCCCCUUGGCCAAGCUGCAGACCCUGAAGCAGAACACGGAGUCACCCCGGGCUUCCACGGAGAACAGCCCCGGCAGGAGCAGCAAUGUCAGCAGGGAAGGGAGCACCAGCUCCUCCUUGGAGCAGGAGCUGGAGGGCAGCGAGAAGGGGCAGGAGCAGAGGUCGGGCCGUCAGGCACCGCAGUAUGCUGUAGUGAAAGAGGAAACGGAAAGCUCGUCACCCUCUGGAGUGUUUGAGAAGGAAUACGACAUCUAUCGGGAUUACAGUGCGGAAGGUCAACUCCUUCACUACAGGACAUCCUCCUUGCGAUGGAACGCCGGCACCAAGGAGCGGAUGCUGAUCAAGGUGACGGACCGCGAGCCCAGCUUCCUCAUGCACCAAGGCAACGGCUUCGGCCCCGAGAACCCAGCGGGGACCCGCUCGCGGCGCCCGUCCGGCGGCCAACAGUCCCCCAACCUGCAGACCUUCACCCCCGACGCCGACAGCUCCGUCUUCUUCCCCGAGAGGAAGCAGUCGCCCUUCCUGAAGAGGGCCGAGCACGUGGGGAGCUGCUCCCCACUGCUGGGCCGAGGGGACUCCUUCUGCUCCCCGCUCCAAGCCCAGCACCGCAAGCACUCCAGUGAGUCUCAACCUUCCUCCCCCCGCUACGCCUACGAGCCCCCUCUCUACGAGGAGCCCCCCAUGGAAUACCAAGCCCCCAUCUACGACGAGCCCCCCGUGGACAUGCAGUACGAAGCCAGUGGGAGCUACAAAGCCGGCUCGCCGCAGAAGUCGCCCAUCAGGAAACCUCACCCCUUCCUUCAGUCGCCCAAGCAAGGCUCCAACUCGCCCUACCAGCAGUUGGUGCUCACCAAACAGAAGUGUCCCGACCGGUUCAUGAGCUUGGAGUACAGCCCUGCUGGCAAGGAGUACGUCAGGCAAUUGGUCUACGUGGAGCAAUCGGGCUCCAGCCCCAAGAUGAAGACGGGGUUGAGGCACAAAUACUCCCCCAACCCCAUCGGUGGCUCCUACUCGUUGCAGCACAGCCCUUGCUUGGUCAGGGACCAACGUUUGGAGAUCAAAUCAGGUGACUACAGCAGCAUGGAAGGACCUGAGUUCUGCCCUGGCCCAACCAGUGGCCAGGUAGCACAGGGUGAGGACUCCAUGUCAUGGUCCAGCCAACAGGACACCAUGUCCUCCACCGGUUACUCGCCCUCCACCAGGAAGAGGAAGAGCCGAAAGCCUUCCCUAUCCCAUGAUCCCAACACCUCCUCCACGGAUGGAUCAGGGGACAGGGAUGUGCUGGGGGAGCAGAUGCUGGCUGAGGAACGAGCCACCCCCGGGCCCAACAGGUCACCAUUGAACCGCACCGAGACCAAGGCAGUGGAGGCCGAGGUGGCACGAGGCUUCCCAGAGCCCUUCCUGGCACAGGCCCGCCUGGCUUGGGAAGCCCAACAAGCCCAUUACCACAUGAAGCAACGGAGCAGUUGGGACUCCCAGAAGGAUGGUUCUGGCUAUGAGAGUGAUGGAGCCCUCCCUCUGCCCAUGCCGGGUCCGGUGGUGAGAGCCUUCAGCGAGGACGAGGCCUUGGCGCAGCAGGAGAACAAGCACUGGAAGAGGAACACCUUUGAGAAGCUGGGCUUCCCCCAGAUCCUGCUGGAGAAGAGCGUCUCCGUGCAGACCAACCUGGCUUCACCCGAGCCCUACCUGCAUCCAUCUCAGUCAGAGGACCUGGGUGCCUGCGCGCAGUUCGAGAGCAGCAGGCAGACCAGGAACAUGAUGCCCAGCGCCAGCUGCGUCUUCCCCACCUUCAACCUACGGAAACCCUCCUCGGAGACGGACAUUGAGAACUGGGCCUCCAAGCACUUCAACAAGCACACCCAAGGGCUCUUCCGGAGGAAGGUGUCCAUCGCCAACAUGCUGGCCUGGAGCAGCGAGUCCAUCAAGAAACCCAUGAUCAUGACCAACGACCGCAACGUCAAGAAGGAAGCUUGUGAGAUAUUUAAACUGAUUCAGAUGUACAUGGGGGACCGACGGGCCAAGACGGACCAGCUCAACGUGGCUUUGGAGAUCGCCACCAAGGGUUGGAGCAUGCAGGGGCUGAGAGAUGAGCUCUACAUCCAACUGUGCAGGCAGACCACCGAGAACUUCCGAUACGAGAGCCUGGCCCGGGGCUGGGAGCUCAUGGCCAUUUGUUUGGCCUUUUUCCCACCCACUCCCAAAUUCCAUUCCUACCUAGAAGGAUAUAUCUACAGGCACAUGGAUCCAGUGAAUGACACCAAAGUGACCCGGCACAUAAACGACCUCCUGGAAAGGACCAAUAAGAAGAAGCCCAAAUUGAGAAAGAAACCCAAGCCCCAGCUCGAGGAGCUCGAGGGGGUGGCAAUAAGCACUUAUGCCAAGUACUGCUACAACAAGCUGCAGAAGGCAGCUCUGACGGGCGCCAAGAAGGGCCUGAAGAAGCCCAACAUCGAGGAGAUUCGCCACGCCAAGAACGCCGUCUUCAACCCCUCCAUGUUCGGCAGCUCCCUGCAGGACAUCAUCGCCAUGCAGAAGGAGAAGUACCCGGAGCGGCAGCUGCCCUGGGUGCAGACGCGCCUCUCCGAGGAGGUCCUGGCCCUCAAUGGUGACCAGACCGAGGGCAUCUUCAGGGUCCCCGGUGACAUCGAUGAGGUCAACGCGCUCAAGCUCCAGGUGGACCAAUGGAAGAUCCCAACGGGCUUGGAGGACCCCCACGUUCCCGCCUCCCUGCUGAAGCUCUGGUACCGGGAGCUGGAGGAGCCGCUCAUCCCCCAUGAGUUCUAUGAGCAGUGCAUCACCCACUACGAGAACCCCGAGGCGGCCAUCGCCGUGGUCCACUCCCUGCCCAGGAUCAACAAGAUGGUGCUGUGCUACCUCAUCCGCUUCCUACAGGUGUUUGUGCAGCCGGGCAACGUGGCGGUCACCAAGAUGGACGUCAAUAACCUGGCCAUGGUGAUGGCCCCCAACUGCCUGCGCUGCCAAUCGGACGACCCCCGGAUCAUCUUCGAGAACACGCGCAAGGAGAUGUCCUUCAUCCGGGUGCUCAUCCAGCACCUCGACACCAGCUUCAUGGAGGGCGUCCUAUAGCACCCGCCACCCCAGGUGGCCCCCCCCACCUCCCACCCCACAUGGACCCCACCAGAGG